AAGGCGUUUGCAAACUACCUGGUCUACCUACCAGACCAUACUACAGUUACGUGUUUUUCACCGUCCCAUUCAGACGGCAACCCCAUGUCUAUAUGAUCCGUAUUUGAUACAUGUCAUUGGCGUGUUUACCUGGAUUUUUUAUUUACUCAGAGGAAAAAAAAAUUCUAUUUGGAAAGAAGAAAUAGUGAAGUGUGUUUUUAUUUGCCCUGUCAAAAUUUUGGAUUACAUUGAUUGGAGUUUAUACAUCAAUUUAUUGUUGAAAAAAAGAAAAUUUUUCGACUUUUUUAUCACCUGGCGGCAGAUGUUUGAUGAGGGAAAUUUAAGUCGUCUGCUGGUUUCGGGUUAAGUGCUCGGAUUAGUUCUUGCAAAGAGUCGCUGUUGUCAAAAGCCGGCAGAAUAGCGGUGAGGAUAUUUUACUGAAUAUUGGUGCAAUAGCCACUGCCUUAAUUUAAAAUAAUUUAUCAUUUGAAUGCACAUGGAUAUCUUUUGACUUAACUUUCGAAUAGUGAAUGUGUGAAAUCUCUGUUUGGUAUAAAACCCUCAUGUAGUGUAUUCUACAGGGAGGAUAUGUCCUCCCAAACGGAGCAACUGCGAAAUGCUGCAAGCACCGGAAACUUGGAGCAGGUUCGGUCCUUGCUGAAAGCUGGAGCUAAAGCUGAACCUGAUUUGGAAGGAAGAACAGCUCUCCAUUUAGCAUCGGCCAAUGGUCAUGCAGCGGUUGUGAAAGCCUUGAUAGAAGGCGGUGCCAAAAUUAACGCUUUGGAUGCAGCUGGCUACAGUCCUCUGCAUCAGGCAGCCACUGAAGGUCACGAAGAAGUGGUGAAAAUUCUUCUAAAGAGCGGAUGCCAUGUCGAUACGCAAGACGAACUGCACGGGAAUACAGCUCUUCAUGAAUCAGCUUGGAAGGGAUUCAGUCGGACAUUAGAGAUUCUCUGCAAGCACAACGCCAAUGUUUAUAUAAAGAAUAACGGAGGUUUUACCCCUCUUCAUUUAGCCUGCCAAAAUGGUCAUAAUCAAAGUUGUAGAGUUUUAUUGCUAUCUGCUUGCAAACCAGAUGUCAGGAACAGUUAUGGUGAUGCUCCCCUCCAUACAGCAGCUAGAUACGGACAUGCCGGUGUUUUGAGAAUAUUAAUCAGUGCUUUCUGUAAUGUAAAUGAAAAAAACAAGAAUGGUGACACAGCAUUGCAUAUAUCAGCAGCUAUGGGUCGAAAUAAGCUAACAAGGAUUCUUCUUGAAGCGGGAAGUGACCAGAAGAUAAAAAAUAAUCAAGGAGAAACAGCUCACGACAUUGCUGAAAGGAAAGAAUUCACAGAAGUGGUUAAAUUGAUGGACAAUCCACCCGUGACUUUAAUUCAUGUGCAAGAUCAGCAGUCUAAAAAACAUUCAAAAUCUUCAAAGAAAAGAGAAAAGGACAGCGGUACAUCGCAGGAAAGUGCCAUCAAAGAAAAAAAGGACAAACACAAAAAGAGCAAAAAGCACCACAAAGUUCAUUUUAACGAGAAAGAGAAGAAGGGGAAUGUCAGUCCGUAUGGAUGUCACAUGUAUCCUGACACAAAUUACUUUCCUUCCAUUAAAUUACAGUCACUACCUCAAGAACCAUUGAAAAAUGGAGAGCAGUAUUAUGCUGAUCUUGCAGGGAAUAUAAAAAAGGGUCCCAGGGGACUCGGAUACAUGUGUUACUGUGCUCCCUUCUUCAAUCACGUGGAGAAGAAGCUGGAUGCCAACAAAAAAGAGCUCCUGGACCACAUAGACAGCCGGAACGAAGAUCUGAAGGCUAAAAUCACUCACCUCGAACAAAGAACGCAUGACCAACUCUUCAAUCUCAAUCAGAGAAUGAAGGAGAGUCUGGCCCUAGAGAGAGGGGAGUGUGCAGAACGGAUAGACCGAAGACUUUUCCGUGAGAGACGGGAAUUAGAACAGCAGCAAGAAAACUGUGCCAAGCUUCUGAAAUCAGAAAUGAAGUCCUUGAUGAGUACCACCCAAAGUGGCCACCCACAAAGCAAUGGAUACUGUAAAAAUACCCUACCUAAUGGAAAUCCAAACCACCACAUGCACAAUAACUAUUUUCUAACCAGAUCAAAAUCAGAAGACAUGCUGUCCGAAACGAACAGUAACCACAACAGCGUGUCAAUGCUAUCGAGCACUAUAACGGGUAUGUCGAGAUUCACAAAUAACAGCAAUUAUAACAGGAUACACUUGAACCCAGCUCAGUGUGGCACAAAACCAAAAGGAAAUCACCACAUGCCUAACAUAUCCAGAUUAAAAAUGAAAUUACUCGGUUACCCCGAGCUGAAGCGGGAAAGUCGAAGUGAAGGCGAUUUGACGAGCUGCCUCACAGAUAGAACAGACUAUAAUUCGAAUGCUUCUGUGUCAAUUGCCAAUUCAGCAGCAUCAAAACCAAGUUUCAUAGAUACAAGGGACACUCCAAACAGUAGGCUAUAUGCAAAUGUUUCAAAAGAUUCACAAACUCGAAAUACUAGUUCAGGAGCAAGUGGUGCAAUCUGGCGGAAUCACUCUUACGGCCAAACUCCGGAUCGGACAGAAAAUCAAUUUGAACAUUAUGAUAAUAAGAAAUCUGGUUUUCUAACAGACGCUUCCAAAAGUCAGGGAAAUUAUAAGACAAUAAAGCCACCUUUUUGUACAAUUAGUCAAGACAAAAAUAGAACUUUAUCAGUAGAGGCUAAGCCAAUUGAAUUUAAAACGCCACAUAGAACUCAAACAAAUGGCUUACCAAUGCUGCAAAAAGAUACUUUGCCAUCAAACAAUCACAAUGGACAUAUUAAUGAAGGUAACACAAUGUUGCCACCUACACUUGACAAUGAUGGAUCCAGUUUCGUUUAAUUUACUAUAAAAUUAUGUAAAAAAAUAAAUUAUUUUUCAUUUCCUA